CGGGCGGGGUCUUAGGCCAGAAGCGAGCCGGCGGCCUGAGCAGGCGACUGACUGAGCGCACACCGGGAGAGCCAGGAGGUGCGGCGGAGCGAAGAGGCCCUGAUCUGACAGAUACUCGGCGCGGCGAGGACAGCGAGCGAGCGGACGGGCGAGUGCGGGGCUCAGCCAUGAUCACCUCAGCGGCUGGAAUUAUUUCUCUUCUGGAUGAAGAAGAACCACAGCUUAAGGAAUUUGCACUACACAAAUUGAAUGCAGUUGUCAAUGACUUCUGGGCAGAAAUUUCUGAGUCUGUAGACAAAAUAGAAGUUUUGUAUGAAGAUGAAGGUUUCCGGAGUCGGCAGUUUGCAGCCUUGGUGGCAUCUAAAGUAUUUUAUCACCUGGGGGCUUUUGAGGAGUCUCUGAAUUACGCUUUGGGAGCAGGUGACCUCUUCAAUGUUAAUGAUAACUCAGAAUAUGUGGAGACUAUUAUAGCAAAAUGCAUUGAUCACUAUACCAAGCAGUGUGUGGAGAAUGCAGAUUUGCCUGAAGGAGAAAAGAAACAAAUUGACCAGAGAUUGGAAGGCAUCGUGAAUAAAAUGUUCCAGCGAUGUCUAGAUGAUCACAAGUAUAAGCAGGCUGUCGGCAUUGCUUUGGAAACUCGGAGACUAGACAUCUUUGAGAAGACCGUACUGGAGUCGAAUGAUGUCCCAGGAAUGCUAGCGUAUAGCCUCAAGCUCUGCAUGUCUUUAAUGCAGAAUAAACAGUUUCGGAAUAAAGUACUAAGAGUUCUGGUUAAAAUAUACAUGAACUUGGAGAAACCUGAUUUCAUCAAUGUUUGUCAGUGCUUAAUUUUCUUAGAUGAUCCUCAGGCCGUGAGUGAUAUCUUAGAAAAACUGGUGAAGGAAGACAACCUUCUGAUGGCUUAUCAGAUUUGUUUUGAUUUAUAUGAAAGUGCUAGCCAGCAAUUUUUGUCAUCUGUAAUCCAGAAUCUUCGAACUGUUGGGACUCCUAUUGCUUCUGUGCCUGGAUCCACCAAUACGGGUACUGUUCCAGGAUCAGAGAAAGACAGUGACUCAAUGGAAACAGAAGAUAAGACAGGCAAUGCACUGGUAGGAAAAACCCCCGAUGUGAGUCCAGAACCCAAGGACCAGACUUUGAAAAUGAUUAAAAUUUUAAGCGGUGAAAUGGCUAUUGAGUUACAUCUGCAGUUCCUAAUACGAAAUAAUAAUACAGACCUCAUGAUUCUAAAAAACACAAAGGAUGCAGUACGAAAUUCUGUAUGUCACACAGCAACUGUUAUAGCAAACUCUUUUAUGCACUGUGGAACUACCAGCGACCAGUUUCUUAGAGAUAACUUGGAAUGGUUGGCCAGAGCCACUAACUGGGCAAAAUUUACUGCUACAGCCAGUUUGGGUGUAAUUCAUAAGGGUCACGAGAAGGAAGCAUUACAGUUAAUGGCAACAUACCUUCCCAAAGACACUUCUCCAGGAUCAGCCUAUCAGGAAGGUGGAGGUCUUUAUGCAUUGGGUCUCAUUCAUGCCAAUCAUGGUGGUGACAUAAUUGACUAUCUGCUUAAUCAGCUCAAGAAUGCCAGCAAUGAUAUCGUUCGACAUGGAGGCAGUCUGGGCCUUGGUUUGGCUGCCAUGGGAACCGCACGCCAGGAUGUGUAUGAUUUGUUGAAAACAAACCUUUACCAGGAUGAUGCAGUGACAGGAGAAGCAGCUGGCCUGGCUCUAGGUUUGGUUAUGUUGGGCUCUAAAAAUGCCCAGGCUAUUGAGGACAUGGUUGGCUAUGCACAAGAAACUCAACAUGAGAAGAUUCUGCGUGGUCUUGCAGUUGGCAUUGCAUUAGUGAUGUAUGGGAGGAUGGAAGAGGCUGAUGCUCUCAUUGAAUCUCUCUGUCGUGAUAAGGAUCCAAUUCUUCGAAGGUCUGGAAUGUAUACUGUAGCGAUGGCUUAUUGUGGCUCUGGUAACAACAAAGCUAUUCGACGCCUGCUACAUGUUGCUGUAAGUGAUGUUAAUGAUGAUGUCAGGAGGGCAGCAGUAGAAUCACUUGGGUUCAUUCUAUUCAGGUAAUAAUUUCUGAUUCUGAUUCUAUUCAUUUUCCAUUUCUUUUCUGUAGUCAACUGAAGAAUAAUCAAGUACUUGAGGAAUAUUAUCUAGGUUCAGAGUACGAGCCAU